AGCACUCAGCACCUACUGACUCGACUUCAGAAGACAACCACUCCGUCGACUCCGAUUGUUGCAGUGAAGCAUUAGGAACAAGGGUCAAUCUCGUAAUCCCCUAUAAUCCUAUAUAUACAAGUGACUUUCACAUGUUGUUGCAUUGACAAGCCAACAACUAACCCAAGCCUCCUCUUCCUCCUGCUCCGAUGGAGCUACCACCAUUUUUGGUGACGUUUCUUGCAAUGGCGAUCGCCGCGGUCCUCCUGCGCAAACUCAAAUCCACGUCUCGCCGGGUUUACAACCUUCCGCCAGGUCCGAGGCCGUGGCCGGUCAUCGGCAACUUCAACCUCAUCGGCGCGCUCCCGCACCGCUCCAUCCACGAGCUCUCCAAGAAGUACGGCCCGCUCAUGCACCUCCGCUUCGGCUCCUUCUCCGUCGUCGUCGGCUCGUCCGUGGAUAUGGCCAAGUUCUUCCUCAAGACCCACGAUGUGCUCUUCCUGGACCGCCCCAGGACGGCCUCCGGCAAGCACACCACCUACAACUACGCCGACAUCACGUGGUCCCCCUACGGCGCCUACUGGCGCCAGGCGCGCCGGAUUUGCCUCACAGAGGUGUUCAGCGCGCGCCGCCUCGCGUCGUUCGAACACAUCCGCGCCGACGAGGUGCGCGCGCUCGUGCGCGGCCUCUUCGCGGCGUCCGCGUCCGGCGCCGCCGUGCACCUCAACAGGGACCACCUGUCGACGCUCAGCAUGAACGUGAUCACGCGGAUGGUGCUAGGCAAGCGGUUCUUCGGCGAGGGCGCGGACGCCGCGGAGGGCCCCGUGUCGUCGCUGGCGGAGUUCAAGUGGAUGCUGGACGAGCUGCUCCUGCUCAACGGCGUGCUCAACGUCGGCGACUGGAUCCCGUGGCUGGACUGGCUGGACCUGCAGGGGUACGUGCGGCGGAUGAAGAAGCUCGGCAGGAUGUUCGACGCGUUCAUGGAGCACGUCCUCGACGAGCACAGCGAGCGGCGGCGGCGCGAGGGCGAGGGCUUCGUGGCGCGGGACAUGGUGGACGUGCUGAUGCAGCUCGCCGACGACCCCGCCCUCGAGGUCAAGCUCGGCCGCGUCGGCGUGAAGGCGUUCACCCAGGACCUCAUAGCCGGCGGCACGGAGAGCUCCUCCGUGACGGUGGAGUGGGCCAUCUCCGAGCUCCUGCGGAAGCCCGCCAUCUUCGCGGCGGCCACCGAGGAGCUCGACCGCGUCGUCGGCCGCGGCCGCUGGGUGGCAGAGCAUGACCUGCCGCGCCUCCCCUACCUGGAGGCCGUCGUCAAGGAGACCAUGCGCGUGCACCCCAUCGUGCCGCUCCUCAUCCCGCGCGUGGCCCGCGAGGACGCGGCCGUCGGCGGCUACGACAUCCCCCGGGGCACGCGCGUGCUCGUGAACAUGUGGACCAUCGGCCGGGACCCCGCGCUGUGGGACGCGCCGGAGGAGUUCGCGCCGGAGAGGUUCGUCGGGAGCAAGGUGGACGUGAAGGGGCAGGACUUCGAGCUGCUGCCUUUCGGGUCCGGCCGGCGGAUGUGCCCCGGGUACAACCUGGGGCUCAAGGUGAUCCAGCUGACCUUGGCCAACCUGCUCCAUGGAUUUUCCUGGAGGCUGCCGGAUGGGAUGGCCAGGGAAGAGCUGAGCAUGGACGAGGUGUUUGGGUUGUCGACCACGCGCAAGGUCCCGCUCGAGGUAGUUGUCGAGCCGAAGCUCCCAGUUGAGCUUUACGUCUGAAUGUCUGAUCGAUAGGCAAGAUGAAGAUGCAACCUGCUACGAAACUGGUAUUGCCAAGUGUCAACCCUGGUCCUCCCGUUGUCGUAUAAUACUGCCACCUGGAUGGCUGGGAGGCGAAGGAGAAGUCUACAUACUACAAACUGCAUUUCAUGGUCCUGAGGACCAUGAAACAUUUGUAGUAGCUUGUCAGUUUGAUCUUAGCUUCUAGUUUCUCAGAAUAAUGUACCACAGCACUUCAAUGCAUGGAGGCGAUGAAGUAAGAAAAUUUGAGAAAGUAUAUGUAUGUUUGUUA